AUGGAGCCUGCACCGGCAAAGGCGAAGCCACAGGGCCGGCUCCUGGUGUCCACCCAGCUGGAUGCUAAAGACGAGUUAGAGGAGAGAUUGGAACGGUGUGUUGUGAUCGUCCAGGCACUGACCAAUGGGCUGUCAGAACGGGAAGCCAACGAUGCACUCACUGCCAACGUGUGUAAAGGCCAGCAGCAGCAUGAGGAGGUCUGUCUGGGUCUGUUCACCCUGGUCCUCACAGAGCCGAGCCAGGCCCAGAGGUGCUACAGAGAUCUGACGCUGGUCAACAGAGACGGGAUGAACAUAGUGCUGGUAAAAAUCAACCAGAUCCUGAUGGAGAAGUUCCUCAAACUGCAGGACAAUCCCAGAACGCAGCUGGUGUGGCUGGUCAGGGAACUGGUGAAGAGUGGAGUAAUUGGAGCGGACGGCGUCAUCAUGACUCUUCUGAAGCAGAUAGCAGGCGGAGACAUUUCCGCUAAGAACAUUUGGUUGGCUGAGAGCGUCCUGGACAUCCUGCUCGAUCAAAAGGAGUGGGUGUUGAAGAGCGGGAUGUUAAUAGCAAUGUCGGUGUACACCUACCUCCGUCUGAUUGUGGAUCACGGCACGCCGAACCUGCUGCCUCUGCGCCAGAAAGAAGUGGACUUCUGUAUCAGCAUGCUGCGGGAAAAGUUCAUGGAGUGCCUCAUCAUCGGCAGAGAUCUGGUUCGUCUGCUGCAGAAUGUCGCUCGGAUCCCGGAAAUGGAGCUGCUGUGGCGGGACUUGUUGCACAACCCUCAGGCUCUCAGUCCUCAGUUUACAGGGAUCCUCCAGCUGCUGACGGCUCGAACGUCUCGGAAGUUCCUCGCCUGUCGACUGACUCCAGACAUGGAGACCAAGCUGCUGUUCAUGACCUCCAGGGUGCGAUUCGGGCAGCAGAAGCGGUACCAGGACUGGUUCCAGAGGCAGUACCUGUCCACAGCGGAGAGCCAGUCGCUGCGCUGCGACCUGAUCCGGUACAUCUGCGGCGUCGUCCAUCCCUCCAACGAGGUGCUGAGCUCCGACAUCCUGCCGCGCUGGGCUAUCAUUGGCUGGCUGCUCACCACCUGCACGUCGAACGUGGCGGCCUCCAACGCCAAGCUGGCCUUGUUUUACGACUGGCUGUUCUUCAACCCAGAGAAAGACAGCAUCAUGAAUAUAGAACCAGCCAUCCUGGUGAUGCAUCACUCCAUGAAGCCUCAUCCUGCCAUCACAGCCACGCUGCUGGACUUUAUGUGCCGGAUCAUCCCUCACUUCUUCCCUCCGUUGGAGUCUCAGGUCCGGCAAGGCGUCUUCAAUUCACUCAACUUCAUCAUGGAGAAGAGGGUGCUGGCUCACCUUGCUCCUCUGUUCGAUAACCCAAAACUGGACCGAGAGCUUCGCUCGAUGCUCAGGGAGCGGUUCCCCGAGUUCUGCAGCCCGCCGUCUCCUCCCACCGAAGUGAAGAUGGAGGAGGCGGUUUCCAUGGAGAUGGACAACCACGUCCUGGACAAGGAAGAGGGCUGCUACGACCACACGGAGGCAGCUUUCAGCGAUGACGAGGAGGAAGUCAACAACAAAGGAAAGAAGAGGGAGUUCCGGUUCCAUCCAAUCAAAGAAGCGGUGGUAGAGGAGCCAGCUGACAUCACGCCCUGGCUCGACCAAUUAGACGACACCAUGAAGGAGAAGGUGCAGCAGAUUCAGAAGACCAGUGACACGGAGACUCAGUGCGAGGUCAUGCAGGAGGUCGUGGAUCUAAUCAUGGAGGACGACUUCGACACGGAGCAGAUGUCGGCUCUGGCGUCCUGUCUGGCCGAGCUCUUCAAAGAUCACUUCAGAGGGGAGGUUCUCCCCGAGGAGAUCACCGAGGAGUCUCUGGAGGAGUCCGUGUCCAAACCCGUCUGCCUGAUCUUCAGGAACCUGGUCACCAUGCAGGAAGAUAACAGCGGCUUCUCGGUGCUGCUGGACAUGUUGGCCGAGCUUUACCAGAAGCAGCCGAAGAUCGGAUACCACCUGCUGUACUACCUGAAGGCCAGCAAAGCGGCGAACGGGAAGAUGAUGCUGUACGAGUCGUUUGCCCAGGCGACGGCGCUCGGCGACCUGCACACGUGUCUCAUGAUGGACAUGAAGGCGUGUCAGGAGGACGACGUCCGGCUGCUCUGCUACCUCACGCCGUCCAUCUACUCCGAGUUUCCAGAUGAGACGCUGCGGAGCGGCGAGCUGCUCAACAUGAUCGUAGCCGUCAUCGACUCCAUGCAGCUACAGGAGCUGAUGUGUCACGUGAUGAUGGGGAACCUGGUCAUGUUCCGGAAAGACUCGGUUCUGAACAUCCUCAUUCAGUCACUGGAGUGGGAAACGUUUGAACAGUACAGCACCUGGCAGCUCUUCCUGGCCCACAGCAUCCCACUGGAAACCAUCAUCCCCAUUCUACAGCACCUCAAAUACAAAGAGCAUCCGGAGGCCUUGUCCUGUCUGCUGCUGCAGCUCCGCAGAGAAAAGCCAAGUGAGGAAAUGGUGAAGAUGGUUCUGAGUCGGCCCUGCCACCCAGAGGACCAGUUCACCACCAGCAUCCUGCGCCACUGGGCGUCCAAGUACGACGACACGCUGGGGGAACAUAUCAAGGCUCAGCUGAUCAAGAACAACAACCAGCCGCGCAAGAGGCAGAGUCUUCGUAGUUCGAGCAGCAAACUGGCUCAGCUGACUCUGGAACAGAUCCUGGAGCACCUGGACAAUCUGAGGCUGAGUCUAAGCAACAUGAAGAACAACUUCUUCACUCAGACUCCCAUCCUUCAGGCUCUGCAGCACGUUCAGGCCAGCUGCGACGAAGCUCACAAGAUGAGGUUCAGCGACCUGUUCGCCCUCGCAGAGGAGUACGAGGAUUCUCAGGCGAAGCCUCUGAAGUCCAGGAGGAAAGCGCCGGCCUCGUCGCCGCGCUCCAGGAAGGGCGUAGCUCCGCCCACCAACAACGAGGAGGAGAGCGCCUCCAGCAGCGCUUCAGAGGAGGAAGACUCAAAGCCCAAAGCGCCGAAGAGGAAGCGGAAAGGCUCGUCAGCGGUUGGCUCCGACAGCGACUGAUGAACCCUCUGACCAAUCAGACGCCAACAAACACCGCCAUCCGACCAGUCGCUCAGCGCUCCCCUCCCCAUUCCCUACGGAGGGAGAAGGAGGCUCCGGGUUUGGGACUUCAAAUCCAGGUCGUGGGUCGACUUCCUCCUGAUGAAAUUGAUGCCGUUGCCAGGGAGAUGAGGAGCGGGCUGCUGGAUUUUGAUCGCGCUGGGAAGAGAAACCACAAACUCUUGAUCCAAACUGACCGAUUUUUAGACAUUGAUGAGAGGGACCCCUGUAGUUUUUCCCUGGAGGGGCGUGGACUCGUGAUUUCCUGCUGUUUUUAGCAGCUACUUCCUGUUUGUCUCGCUGCAGUAAAAACAUCUGUUCCUUCAUGUCAGGUGAAUUCUUCAUAAACACAAAUGAUGGUUUCAGGGUCUCAUUCAUCUGUUACUUGGGAGUUUUGAUUGGAAAGCAAAGCGGGGGUUGCUCAAAAGCACAACGGCAGCAUCAGUCAUCGUCACGGCAACCUUUUACUGUAUUUACUGUUGUGUACAAAAACAAUCUCAAAUGUGGUUUUGAUUUUUUAUUUUUUUUCUGUCCAGAGCUUCUGAUCUUUUCUGGCUUUUGGCAGAAACACGACGAGAUGGAUGCAGAUCAGCAGAAGUAUUUUUUUAUCGACAGUGAAUCUUUUACAGAGUCGCGUUUUUAAGGAUAUUUGGAACUAAAUCUUUAAGCUUUCCAAAGCCGAGUCAGAAAACAGCAGAAGUCCUCUGCCUCAGUUUUAUUUGCAGCCAUAUGUCUUUACAAAGCCUUAACUGGUUCAGACACAGUGCUGAUUUUACAGGAUGUGAAAAAUAAUAAAUGAGCAAAUGAUGAACGGCU